GUUUAGGGUAACACCCAUCAGCGUCUGGAAGCUGCUCACACAGGAAGCCUAGAAGUUUGAAUCCAACUGGAAAACAUGGAACUCGAGAGGAUGGCUCCGCGGGAAGAAUGGCCAGAUGAGACUGAGGAAAACGAUGAAAAACCUGAAAAAGCACCAACUUAUACCUGUUGUGAUAGGUUCCACCAAACCAUCUCUAACUGGAUGCUACCUUCAGACCUCAGAGACUCUUACCUGGAGAGGGCAAACUGCCUGCCACCUCCAAUUUUCAUAAUCUUAAUUAGCAUUGCUGAGCUUUCAGUAUUCAUUUACUACGCAGUAUGGAAGCCACAGAAACAAUGGAUUACCUUGGGAACUGGUAUCAAUAAUAGCCCCUUGACAUACCGGUAUGAUAAACGAGAAGAGGCAUGGAGAUUCCUUUCUUACAUGUUCGUGCAUGCUGGAGUUCAACACAUUAUUGGGAACCUUUUUCUCCAACUUCUUAUUGGAAUCCCCUUAGAACUGGUUCAUAAAGGACAUCGUGUAGGUCUAGUAUACCUGGCAGGAGUCAUUGGAGGAUCCCUGGCCAGUUCCAUUUUUGACCCUCGUAAAAAUCUGGUUGGUGCUUCUGGUGGUGUCUAUGCUUUAAUAGGUGGUUAUUUUAUGAACGUGAUAGUGAAUUUCAGAAGUAUGGUGCCGAUAUUUGGGAUAUUUCGAAUUUUAUUGAUUGUACUAAUAGUUGGAACAGAUGUAGGAUUUGCCCUUUACAGAAGAUACAUUGUCCAUGAUACUGAAUUACAGGUCUCUUUCGUUGCUCACUUUGCAGGAGCCAUGGCUGGAAUGUCUAUUGGUUACACCGUAUUCACCUGCUUUGACAAAAACUUAAUCAAAGACCCCAGAUUCUGGAUUUGUAUUGCGGCUUAUGUUGCCUUUCUGAUUUUUGCUGCUCUUUUUAAUAUCUUCUUCUUUUCAGCAUAUUGAAUUGUGAAAGAGUCCAAGAAAAAGGCAGAACUAAAUGUAUGAACUAUGUUGUGUGUACAAUCUUUACCUUGGAUAUAUAGUCUUGGAACAAUAUAUUGUAUGGAAGAUAUGCAUGACAUAUAAGCGAAGGUUUCAUCCAUUAAGUCUCACUUUCGUGGUCUCUUUCUACUGUUAUGCCAUAGUUACCAAGUUAACUUGCAGCCAAGGUUAGUCUGAGUUUGACAGUUUCUACAAACACAAUAUAAAGCAGGGAAGACUCAUGCGCACUAUCAUCUCAAGAAAAACAUAUUGGUGGCGUAAAUCAUAAUUGUGAUAUAUAUUAUAAGGAAACUAUAAAAAAAUUUUUUUACAAAAUGUGAACUUGUCUGAAGUUGGCAUCUUACCAGCCUCU